UUGCUGAAACGGCUAUGAAUGAACUUCUCGGAUGGUACGGAUAUGAGCGCUUAGAGCUACGACGAUGGGCAGCAUCUCGUGCCAGAGAACCUUCUAGUCCUGAACAUUCCACCGAGCAAAAGAACAAAGAUGAAUGUUCCUGGUGCAACAGGAACAUAACAAGCGAAAGUGGCGCCCUCCAGCAAGCGGGUGCAGUUUUCUGCUCAGAACUCUGUUUCAGCCAAUCGCGACGCGCGAAUUUUAAACGUGCAAAGACUUGCGAUUGGUGUCGGCACGUCCGUCAUACUGUUGCCUACGUGGAUUUUCAGGAUGGCGCAACGCAGCUCCAGUUUUGUUCAGAUAAAUGUUUAAACCAAUAUAAGAUGCACAUAUUUUGUCGCGAGACGCAAGCACAUCUUGAUCUCAACCCACAUCUUGUAAGCUCGUCAUCAACAUCUAAUCUUAUCACACCAGACUUGUGGUUAAAGAACUGCAAGAGUCGUUCAGUUUCGCCCGCAUCAGAACGGUCUGGAUCUCCAAAUGCAGAAAGUAAACCAACGAAUGAUAAGACAGAACCAUUGAACCAUAGAAAAUCCCCUGUUCCACUAAUAACAGUUGCACCGACGGCUAAACUCAUGAAUCCGAAAAUUCCAGAAGAAAAAACGUUCACACAAAAAUCUCCAGAUACGAAAAAAGAACUCCGGCAUAAUAACAAGAUGAAUUUGCGAAAGCGCAGGUCAUCCAAAUGUACGUCCACAGUGACGUCACAAUCGUUGAGGCAACACGCUACUACACCAAAAGCUCAGGAUUUAAGGAUGUGUAGUCCUUCAAUAGAUGGAUCGUCACCAUCAUCAUCUGUAACCAUUGGGAAUAGUGCAAUACACUCACCACCAAAUGCAAACCCCCAAAUUCCACCAUUCCCUAAUGCAAUGUUCGGAAUGCCACCCCCAGUUUUUCUUGAAAACAAUGCGGCGCACAUGAACGACUAUAGACAUCCAGGAAUGUUUCCACCACGGUUUGGAUUCAUGCCUCCUCGUCCAAUGAUGCCGCCUGAGAGGCCAAGGUUAAUGCCACCUAUUAAUUUCGCCCAAGCAAUAGGACAACCUCCACCGGUCACUGUGUUAGUUCCAUAUCCUGUGGUACUGCCUAUUCCACUUCCUAUCCCUAUUCCGAUUCCGCUAUCGUCAUUCUUACAAGCGCAUCGAGUAAAUAAAGUCAAAACUGAAGUCAAUAAUGAUGAUACAGAAGGCCCGCUUGACUUUACAAUAAACAGUGACAAAAAUGAUGCUAAAAAGGUAGAUGAAGACAAUACUCAAAAUGAAGAUACUUCAACCCAUGAUAUAAAUAAAGAAAGCGAGGAAAGACUUGAUUGUGAAAAAGACAAUGGUGACGUGGUCGAAACUAAUCCAGAGCACACUCUACCGAAGUUUAAAAUAACAAGAUUGGGAAAUAAAAUGGCUAAAAUCGUUACUAAGGCAAGAGAACCGUCGGAAUCGUCGCGCCCGCUGAGGAAACGACGGAGACUCGUAGAAGUAGCUACUGAAGACGACACAAUUAUUCACAAAACAAGAAAAAUUGUUCAAGUGUAGAUACUUCCUUAAUCAUACCAUUUAUAUUUAAUACAUAUCACAAAUUAAGGAACUCAGUUCAUUGUUUUGAAAUUACUAGUCCUAGGCUUAAGUACGGUUAACUAAUUUUAUUGUAAUAAUAAUUAUUGGUAAUUGUAAGGUUAAACUUUAUUAUUAAAAUGCACAUAUAUCGUGAUAUCAUUGUAGG